AACAAGGACAUCUAGUGGAUACACGCGGUCACUGCUUUUGCACAUUUUGACUCAUUUUUAAGUGGGUGACGUAAUUUUACUGUGUGUACUGACGUUAGCGGAAUGUCCAACCUUGCAAAAAAGAUUCAAUUCAACUAAGCUGAGUUCAAGGCCAUCACAGCGAGCGCAUUCCUGCGAGCGGCGGGAACCUGAACGGUCUCCACAUUGAUCCCAGUCGCGUUUCAUUGGCCAGAGGACAGAGACCUGGACGGGAGGGGCUUGGAUUCGGACCGCAUAGUAAUAUCUCAUUCAUAAAUUACACAGGACUCUAGAGUAGAGCACUACUGCCUGCUGAGGGGAACCAGACAAUAUUGGAACAAUGCACUCAAUAAGAAAUUUCUUCUGUGGUCAGUGGAGCUCUUCUGUACGUCUUGAUAAUAAAACAGUCAUAAUCACCGGAGCUAAUACAGGCAUAGGCAAAGAGACAGCGAGAGACCUUGCCAGAAGAGGGGCUCGGGUCAUCAUGGCCUGUCGAGACCUGGAAAAAGCAGAGUCCGCCAGAGGAGAAUUAAUGGAAGAUUCUGGAAACCAAAACAUUGUGGUGAAAAAACUUGAUUUAUCCGAUACCAAAUCCAUCAGAGCAUUUGCCGAACUCAUAAACAAGGAGGAGGAGCAAGUUAACAUCCUGAUCAACAAUGCUGGAAUCAUGAUGUGCCCAUAUUCAAAAACUGCAGAUGGCUUCGAGAUGCAGUUUGGUGUAAACCAUUUAGGUCAUUUUCUACUCACCUACCUUCUGCUGGACCUCCUCAAGAAAUCAACCCCCUCCAGGAUUAUAAACGUGGCUUCUGUGGCCCAUACGUGGGGCAGCAUCCGUCUGGAUGACAUAAACAGUGAGAAGGGUUACUCUCCGCGGAGGGCUUACGGCCAGAGCAAGCUAGCUAACAUCCUCUGCACACGCUCCUUGGCUAAAAGACUGCAGGGCAGUGGUGUGAAUGUGUACUCACUCCAUCCUGGUGUGGUGCAGUCAGAGCUGUUUAGGAACCUUGGCAAGCCUGUGCAGAUCGCAGUCAAGGUCUUCAGCCCCUUCACCAAGACCACUGUUCAGGGGGCGCAGACCACCAUCUACUGUGCUGUGGAGCCAGACCUGGACAAUGAGUGUGGAAGAUAUUACAGUGACUGCGCCCCAGCACUGUGUUCGAGAGAAGCUUCAGAUGAUGAAAUGGCUCAGAAACUCUGGGAACUCAGCUGUCAGAUGCUCAGCAUUACAUGGGACUGAUCGAGCGCUCCUCUCAGUGACACUCUAAUACAAGCGGAAAUGAAAGCUUUUGUACUAAUGUCAUAGAUAAUGGAAACUGUAGUAUUCAUACAAUGCAUGACUGAAUCAGCACUGUUUGAUAUUGUACAUUGUAAUCUCUUUUUAUAAUGCCAUUGGCUGUGCUGUUAUAAUGUCAAUAGUACAUUAAAUGUAUUUUGGUCUAUUAAAUCCUUUUAUUUUAUGAAUUUG